CCCAGUUCCAUCAGUUGCUCUCUGGCAGCCGUCACCUCCGCACGUCUUUUCGCUCCCCCCCAUCCAAUUUCUUUCAGCCCCCGUUUUUCUAGCCACCUGUUUCAAUUGGGUUUUUCCUCACUAAAGUCUAAAGUUUUAAGUCCCAAGUCUCAACCAAAGUGAAUUGCUUUUCUAUUGGGCCUUGCACCCGGGAGAAUGGUGUCGGAUUUGAUUCAACGGUGACCUUAAUCAAACGACGGAUUACACCUUUAUGCUCUCGUGUGUGUGUGUGUGUGUGUCUGUGCUCAUCGGUGUUUUUAGUGACGGCCCAUACACAUAACAGAUCCUGGAUAUUGUUCCGGGAAGGACGUCAUCUUUGAUACGAUUUUUCAUUCGUUUCGACCUCAAUCAUUUUGAUAAAACCAAACAAACAAAACAAAACGAAACGGAACGAAAAAGGAGGAAUAAAUUGUGUUUUGAAAAAGAAAAGACGAAAUAGAAAAGAAAAAAAGAAAUGAGUUUGAUUGUACCAGCCGCAACGGCCGCCGCCACAACAGCCACAUUAUGGUUCAUUCCCAUUUUGAUGGCAGCCGUUUCCUUUUAUCAAUACGACAAAACGGAUCCGGAAGGACGACCUAAAGACACCAAGGUGAUUUACAAGUAUUACGACUUUAUCGUGAUUGGAGCCGGCUCCGCUGGAGCCGUCGUGGCUAACCGCUUGAGCGAGCAAUCCGACUGGAACGUCCUACUGCUGGAAGCGGGCGGUGACGAGACGGAAACAUCCGACGUGCCGGCCUUGGCCGCCUACUUGCAACUUUCCGAACUCGACUGGCAAUACAAAACGGAACCCCAGCCGACUGCGUGUCUCGCUUUCAACGACAAAAGAUGUUCGUGGCCGCGGGGCAAAGUGCUGGGCGGCUCGUCGGUGCUCAAUUACAUGCUGUACGUGCGUGGCAACCGGCGCGAUUACGACAGCUGGGAGCAGAUGGGCAACUACGGAUGGGGAUUCAAGGACGUGCUGCCUUACUUCAUCAAGUCCGAAGACAACCGAAAUCCCUACCUGGCCGAAUCGCCUUAUCACGGAGUCGGCGGCUAUCUCACCGUUCAAGAGGCGCCCUACAAAACGCCGCUGGCAACUGCCUUUGUCGAGGGUGGCGUCGAAUUAGGUUACGAACAUCGCGACGGCAACGGGGCCUAUCAAACAGGUUUCAUGAUAUCGCAGGGUACGAUCCGACGCGGAUCGAGAUGCUCCACUUCCAAAGCGUUCCUACGUCCGGUGCGCAAGCGCAAAAAUCUGCACAUCGCCAUGCACACUCACGUCAUGCAAAUCAUGAUCGAUCCCGAAACGUAUCAAGCCUACGCCGUCAAAUUCCAGCGCAAAGGCAAAAUCUACGUCAUUCAAGCCACCAAGGAGAUCGUCGUGUCCGCCGGAUCAGUCAACACGCCCCAGCUGCUCAUGCUGAGCGGGGUCGGGCCGGCCGAACAUUUAAAGGAACUCGGAAUCCCAGUCAUCUCCGAUCUGAGGGUGGGCGACAACUUGCAGGACCACAUCGCCGCCGGCGGCAUGGUCUUCACGCUGGAACAGCCCGUCUCUCUGGUGCAGAGUCGCUUCGAAAACCUGCCCAGCAUUUUGCGCUACGCCAUGUUCGAUUCGGGACCGUUGACCACGCUGGGGGGAGUCGAGGGAUUGGCUUGGGUCAACACCAAGUACGCCAAUCACAGCGACGACUGGCCCGACAUCGAGUUCCAUUUCGUGUCGGGAACACCGGCCGCCGAUGGGGGAGCUCAAAUCCGUCGCGUCCACGGCGUCACCGACUUCGUUUGGGACAAUUACUUCGCCCCCAUCGCCUACCGCGACACGUGGUCCGUCGUGCCCAUGUUGCUCAGGCCGAAAUCCGUCGGCUACAUCCGCCUGCAGUCGGCCGAUCCUUUCGACAAGCCCUUGAUUUAUCCAAACUACUUUGUCGACGACCAGGACGUCCGCGUCCUCGUCGAGGGCGUCAAAAUCGGCCUGGCGCUGGGAGAGACGGCCGCCUUCAAAAAAUUGGGCACCAAAUUCUGGGCCCAGCCUUUCCCCGGCUGCGAGCAUUUGCCCUUGUGGACGGACGAGUACUGGGCCUGUUUUGUGCGCCACUAUUCGUCCACCAUUUACCAUCCGACGGGCACGGCCAAAAUGGGUCCCAUCGGAGACCCAACGGCCGUCGUCGACCCCGAACUCAGAGUCUACGGCGUCCACAAUUUGCGAGUCGUCGAUUGCUCCAUCAUGCCCAACGUGCCUUCGGGCAACACCAACGCUCCCGCCAUUAUGGUGGGAGAGAAAGGUGCCGAUUUAAUCAAAUCAUUCUGGUUAAAUUACGCAUCCAAGAAAAAGUAGGAAUCGAAAAAAAAGGACCCAACAACUGCGCAUUUUUGUUUGUUUUUCUUUCAACCUAGUCUCAUCAACUUUUAAAAUCUCGUUGAAAUCGGGACAAUCUCUUUAUCUAUUUCUCUCUUAUUUUAUAUUGCGUACAUGUUAAUCCCCGUUGGCUGCGCAUUUGUUAAAUGGAUCGUCUGCAACAUCACAUCUGCCUCCCCCAACCCCCCAAAAAAAACAACAAGAAUUAAUUAAGCAGAUGAACAAAAGUGUGCGUGUGUGUGCAUCCGCAAGAGGAAAACAAUUGAAUGUCAGUGAAAAACCUCGCAAGUGAAUUUAGUUUUUAGAACCCUCGUUUUGGGUGUGUUUGUGAACCCUCAGGCUCGUCAAGUCACUUGGCUCAUCACCCAUAACAAGAAAAUCUAAAGAAAAAAAAAAAUCUCUUUUUGGCAGUAUAUCCCACGUUUUUUUUUGUUUUUUAUGUUUUUGACCAAAUUUAGAAAUCAUCAUUCAAUUGUUUCACCAAAAUAACACGAAACUUCAUAAGAGUGCCAUUACGCGUCAUCGAUUUCACUCCACGUGUCCAAGUGUUAGUAUUUUUGAUUUUCUAUUUGAAUUCUUUUCUUUUUCUUCUUUUUCUUCACACGAAAAAAUGUUAGUAUGUAUUAAUUAAUGAAUUCUUUUCUUUGGGAAGGUGUCAGUGUUUUCAACAAAAAAAAAAAGAGUUAAAAAAAAAGGUGGGUUUCUUAAAUGACCAUGUUUGUUAUAAAUGUGUUUUUGUUUUCGAGUUGAGCUCGUGAUCACACACACCCCCCUCCAAAAAAAAACAGACGAAUAGAACAAAAUAAUAAUUUGUCAACGAAAACUGUUCCAAAUGAAAA